AGAAAGAUUUCACUUGAAGAUUAAGUCCAGCCAUGGAAGUGAACUUUGGAAAGAUUGCCGGUUUAGAAAUAUAAUGAAAACUAAGAAAAUGGCCUGGGUAAUAUUCGAUCCUUCAACUACUGAUCUUGACACGUUUCUCAGGGAAAAGGCCCCUUCCAGACUUUACAGGGAGGACGGUGUUGCGUGGAUAUCUGUCAGACGCUCAACGAGCAAUUUGCAGCAUGAGGAAGAAACUGGCCAUGAUGAAGACCUGAUCAAAGAAGGAUUGGAGUUUGGAAAGGAAGAAGAACUUGAGGAAGAGGAAUUUGAGGAAGAGGAAUUUGAGGAAGAGGGAUUUGAGGAAAAGGGAUUUGAGGAAGAGGAAGAGGAAUUUGAAGAGGAAGACAGUUGGAAUUCUCCAGACUUAAAAACUGCAUGGGAGGAGCUGUUUGCUAGGUACACAAGUAGACCCACUCAUGAGGCAAUUUGCAGCUUUGCCAAGGAACAGAGAUGCAUGGUCGGUAAAUGGCUACUACAUGCAGCAACAGGCAGUCAAAUCGAUGGUCUAUGGAGUGACAUCGCCAGAGCCGUAGUGGAAGGCAAACUGGGCUCAGCGGCCAAAGUCAGCCCUCGGAGAGAAGAAGGCGCAUACAUGUAUCAUGUAAUUUGCGUCUACAAUGACGACUUCACGGACAUCGAAGCAGUGCGUGGUGUGGAGAAGGGUAUCCGUAGUCUGGGGUUCUUCAGAGAUAUGAUGUAUAAGCCCGACCUGUUCACCUAUUUGAAGAUUGACGACAAGAAUCACUACAGAGUGAAACCAAACAUAUACAGCAGUAAGCUGGAUCGCAGCACAGAGCAGCUAGUUUUCAAGUUUACCCAGCCGUCAACAGAAGCCAACCCUCAGAGUAAAAUGACACAGUUCAUGAAGAAGAUUUCUAAACCCCCUCCACACAAGCAUAAGGCUCCUCCCACGGAAAGGCCAUUCCUUUCAUUUUUACGGGUGCCUCGUAAUUCUGGAAAGCGUAUCCGCCGGAGUAAACCUCUAAAAUCUGACUCACUGAUGGAGGAUAAAUCUCAAGCGAAACUGACAUCGUUCUUCAAAGGUGUCCCCAGCUCUUCCCCAAGCAAGAGAAAACAUCUGUCAGAGAGCCAGAAUCUUGAAGGAGAGCCCACAGAGAAACGAUCGACACGGAUGGAUGACAUCCAUGGAUCAAGUGAAACGGCUUUGGAUCCGGAUGCACCCCCACUCCCUGCCUUGAACCCUCCUUAGUUCUUCCGUGAAGUAUCUUGCUUCAGUGUAACGAGAAUUUAAGAGGAGCAUGGCUGGUUAUUUUUUCUAAGCUUUGCAUCGAAAAAGGCAACACUUUAAGCAGCACUGCUUUUUAAACUGUUUCUGAAAUUUGACAGUGACAAAUUGCAAAAGAGGAACUGCAACGCGGAAUAAUAAGGAAGAAUUAAUUUGUUUAUUUGUAGCGGGCUUGAGAAAGAUAGUCUCAUGCAUACGUAAGUAAUUUGUUUACGCUUCUUAAAAUAUGGCAGUAAAGGCAAAUACUAGUUUUAUUCAUACCACCCAAACCGUUUUUCUUCUGUAAGUGCAAACGAAGGAAGAACGUGCAUGGAAACUUUCUUGUUGACUUGGCAUAUGUACACAAUUUAUCAUAGUGUUGUAGUGUUAUUUUGAAGGGAGAAAUACCCAAUGGUUUAGUGAUGAUAUUUACUCUUGCCAUUAUGAAGUUGUAAAUUAGGUGGUAUAAUACGAAAUGGCAUUUGCCUUAAGGCCACCAAAAAAAUAAGUCGGUCUCUGGUCAGCGCGCGCGUCGAUUUUAAUCAUGCGCGUCGAUCUUUCUUUUUUUUCCAAAAUGUUCCGCGGUAGCUCCAACAGCGCCCUCUAUUUCCGCACCU